GACAUAUAAAAGUACCAGAAGAAUUAAAGUUCCCCAAUGCCUGUUGUGUGGGAAUUGCAUCACAGACGGUUCUUGGCAUUUUUAAUCCAACUGAACGGUGGUUGCAGGUCAGCAUUGGAGUGCUCAGUGUUUCAGUUAAUGGGGAAAAGUAUAUUCUCAAUGUUUCAUCUUGGCCAGUUUCUGCAGAUGCUGAGACAAUUGUUCAGGCAGAAGCUUUGGCAAGUAGGGUAGUUCUGACAGCAGUCGCUGAAAAUCCUGAUCUAGAAGUGGAAACAGGAAAAAGAGAUACUCUGGAUUUUGGUGACUUGACUUCUGGCAGUUGGAAGGCUCUUCCACUAAAACUUAUCAACAAAACCCAUGCCUUUGUGCCAAUUAGACUGAUUAUUAAUGCAAAUGCAGUAGCUUGGCGUUGCUUCACGUUCUCCAAGGAACCAGUUAAUCCUUCUAAUGAUCAAUCGCUCCAAAUAGAUGAAGUUUCUCAGAUAGCAGCUCCAUCAGUUGUCAAUCAUGUGAUACAUGCAAGCUACGACGGGCAAGAUCCUGAAGCUUUAACAGUUUGGGUUCUGUUCCACGCACCUAAGAAACAAAGUUCUUGUUCAGAUUCCUUGGGUCCAGCGGAUGAAUUCUUGGCAAGAGUUGAUGUGGAGGUGGAUAGUCCAGGACCUAGCAGUGUGAUUAAAAGCAUUCCUCUCCGAGCUAGAGCUGGAACAGCGAGGAUACACGCUCCAAAAGACUUACAGACAUCAAAUCAGGACAGCUGCUUUGCUGUUGAACCUGGGGAUCUUUUUCUUCUUCCUGGAGAAGAACGAGAAGUGACUGUCCUGUUUAUUCCAAAAAAAGUAAUGACUACAGAAAGUGCUUUGAAAAUCCUUGUACUGCCAUCUGGGCCUCAGUAUGAAGUGGUGGUGAAAGGUGAGGUGGAGCCUGAGGACAACAGGCCUGUGUCUGCAGCUGCUGGCUGCCUAGACAUCCCAUCCAUUCUGUCCAACAAGCAGUUCAUUGCCUGGGGAGGAGUUACCCUUGGAGCAUCAGUUCAGCAGAAGUUAACUCUAAGAAAUGACUCUCCAUCUGUGACCCAGCAUUUAAGACUGUUGAUAAGAGGCCAGGAUCAAGACUGCUUUCAGAUGCAAAGUAUAUUUGGAUCAGAAGAACGCUUAACUAGUAGUUGGGAACUCAAAAUCCGUCCCAAAGAAGAUACUAACAUAUACUUGAUGUUUGCGCCUACUCGAGUAACCUGCUGCUUUGCAAAACUGGAAAUCAAACAGCUGGGGAUUCGAUCACGUCCAGGAAUUAAGUUUACUAUACCAUUAUCUGGAUAUGGAGGAACAAGCAAUGUGACUUUAGAAAAUGUUAAAAAUCUGUCAGAUAGUUACAUGCUAACACUGGAUGGAUUAUUGCCUGCAAGAUUAAGGGAAGCUUCCUUCUGCAUAAGAAAUACAGGUUCUCGGGCUGCCUAUGUUAAAGCCCUAUGCUUUACAAACCUACGGACAAAAAAAGUUAUGGAUCCUCAGGUAAUGAUGGUAUCUCCAGAGAAGUUUGUACUAAGAGAAGGAACAAAUGAAGUGAUUACUAUAACAUGGAAUCCAAUGGAAAAGGAAAAGAACUUCCAUAAAACAAAAACAUUGGUAUCAACAGUAUGUUUCUUCUGUGGAGACGAAGUUUCUAGGCAGCAGUAUCGUAGAGCUAUAAGGUAUAAACCUGAGGUAGAAAAACACAUAAUCCCAGAACACAGCUUAUUGAGAAACAUGGUAUUUGAUGAAGAAUUUCAAGGGGAACAGCUUGUGACAGAAGUAUGUGAUAUCCCACGGGGGAAAAACGAUAUCCAUCUUUUCUACGCAAAUAUGCGAAAGGUUAUCCUUUCUGUGGUUGGAUACUCCAGUCUUGAUCGGGAUGGGUUUCAGCAGUCUCCCGCACACCAUUUGGAAUCAGAUGGAUUUGAGAACUCUGUCAGACAUAUCAAUGCAACUUUGGAUGUUCUUCCUGUUAAAGGACCUCAAGGUCCUCCAUUACAUGUAAAAACUGAUGAUGUCAUUCAGAAUAAAUCAGAUGCUCAACAGACUUGGGAUGUUAAACCUGAGUACUUGACUCUGACAUCUCCUUCUAUUAGUGGAACAGCGGAUACUGGACGUGUACAAGUUGUCAACAACUCUAGUAGGAUGCUGACAUUUGAGCUUUCGUGGCCAGCUCACUGCCUUACUAUAACCCCACAACAUGGAGUUAUUGAAGCAGA